CAGUAGCAUCAUUAUUGACAUAAGGAUAAACCGUAAACAAGUCAAAACACCACAUCUUCCAAAGGAGUGGAGUUCCCAAGGACAACAGGAGUACAGGAAGCGAUCCUCCGAAGGUCCUCCUAUGUACCCACAACAGGGAGGGGGUGGGAAGGGAACUAGGCCACAGUCAACACAUCAACAGAACCACAACCACCAAGCCCAGCACCACCAGACGGCGCACUCGCAUCACCAUCACCUCCACCAGCAGCAACAGCAGCAGCAGAUACUGCAGCAGCAACAACAGCAGCAGCAAGCGCAAGCCCAGGCCCAGGUCCAGGCGCACCACCAGCCGGUCAUCUUUUAUCCCCAACCGUCCUACGCCGCCCACACUCCGGCGGUCAACAACAAUGCCAGCAGCAAUUCGUUGGGGCAUCCCAUCAGUGGUGGCCAUCAUGGUGGUGCCAAUGGCGUGGCUCCUGGGGCCAACCUAACCCGGGCGCUAAGUAACCCAACCCUACCGCCCCACUUCUCGCAAUCAGCUGGCCUGAUGGCACCCACCAACCUCGGAGGACGGCAGAAUAUGAGUGUUAUGGGAGUUCAUAGCAAUACUCCGGGAGAGAUGCAGCAGAAUCCUAGCCUUAACGGAGGUCGGCAGAAUCUAGGCGUUAUAGGACUACACAACAACCCGCUGGCACAUUCACAUAACGUAGGGCAUGUUGGUCCCGGUGCUGGUGCCCCCUACAUCACUGCGACCUAUUUACCCUUUAAUCAAACCGCUCAGCUGAUGGGCAUGCCGUCGGCGGUGACCUUUCCCCCGAACAAUCAACAAACUGGACCUGGCGGUGCAACGGGGGCUGGACAAACUCCGACGAUUACUUACUACCUGGGGCCCACGCCACAAACUACUGGCGGGAAUAAUGUUGUUAGUGGAGGCAACUCGCAUCGGGGUAAUAUCCGUGGCGGCCAGAGGACAUCGACAACUCCCCAGCAUCCCAACUUCUUUACCACAUAUGCUAUGCCACCGGGAAACGCCCCGCGACCUGCUCAGGCAACGGUGACACCCAUGAUGAAUUCUCGUAACGGUGCCCUGAAUGGAGCUGCUGCUUUUCAUCUGCAGCACAACUUUAUGCCCGGAUUGGCUUUGGCACCACCAGCCGGGAUGACACCAGCCCCCAUAUUGGCUCCAGCUGCGAUGACGGCCCCUCCACCCCAAGCUCCUGGCGGACUACACAACUUCGCGCCGCACCUACAGAGCAGCAGCGCAACAACAUUGCCAAAUGUACCAAGUGUGACAGGAGUGCCGGCGGUGGCAGGUUUCUCAACGACCUCUCUCCCAACACCGCCAGUAGCUUCAUCCCAACAAGUGGUGGCCAAGAACGACAAGGCCAACCAGCGAAAAUACGCAAUUCCUAUCAUCCACCCUGACACCUAUGAGGACGUUAUGAAUCCGAAAAGCUCAGUGUUUAAUAAAAAAGAUUCAAACUCUACGCUAACACCGAACAUGGGACUUGAUUCCGAUAGUACCAUGCAUAGCAUCUACCAGGGGCCCAUCCUCAUGGACUCCGCAUCGGCGUCGUCGCUUCUAUCGGGCGUAAUGGUGGAUCAGGAGAUGCAGACUGCAAAGACGGCGGCAUCUCUUAGUCAAUCUGGUUCAUUGGAGAAGGAAGGUGGUAUGGUGUUUGGCGAGGAUUCUGUGGGUCAGGAAAUCGGACCGCCCCCUUCGCCCGGUCCCAUGGAUAAGGAUCAAAUCAGCGUUAUUGUUAAGGACAUUCUGGCCCACUCAGGGAACACCGAUGAACAUCUAAGUUUCUGGCAGUGCAGUGACGUGGACAAUGUCACGGAGACCCACGAUAGACUGCAGCCAGUACAUACAGAAUUAAAACUACCCGAAGCCAUUAACGCGGGUCAUCAGCCCGUUCUGUUUCAAGAGCAAGCCAAGAAACAGCGCCCCAAAUCGGCUAACAAGCAAAGCACAGCUACACCUACAUCUAUAGCGAAUGACGUAGCUGAGGCAGCGGCCAGCGGUUCCCCAGGCAUAUCUAUCCUGUCCAGAGGCCAGCCGAUGCUGACACCAUCGGGUCCUUCGACACCGCCACCAGCUUCACGUGUCGCCCAACAGAAGCCAACAAAGUCAAUUGCGACCACAGCUGUUCCAGCCCCAGCAAAGCCAACAUCAGGCUCACCCAACAGAAAGUCAAGUGUCCCGGCCACCACCUCGACCACGACCAGCUCGGGGGCCUCGUCGUCGGCAGCCUCCACGCCGACACACGCAUCAAGACAACAGCAGGGGAAGCAGAUUCCAGGAAAACUCUCAACUGCAGCCUUACCGGCUACUCCCCGCAUUUCGGCCGCCGUUACACUGCUCGCAGGCAACACCAACAUCACAAAUACCACCAGCUCCACCAAAAAGCAGCGCAAGGCCCAAAAACGGGCCAAAGAGCUGGAGAAGAAAAAGCAAAAAUCCUCGAUAACAACUACCACAAGCAGCCAAGGGCAGAACAACAAUGGCAAGGGCAAUGGCAACGGCGCGCCAGAGAUCAACACAAACAACAAUAAUGCUGCCACAGUGAACACAACAUCACCAACCACUCUAACACCUACGGCAAGACCAGCAACCAACCAAGGAACCACGACUGUCGAUGACAAGGCGACGGCGCAACCGAUGACUGAUAAGCUUAGUGCAACUAGUAAUAAUCCUAACGUAAGUUCUACUCUAAGAGACAACUCUAUGCUCAAUUCGAAGGAGCAGCUGACUAGUAACAACAACAACAAUGACGAUGAGGGUGACGUCGACGCAGAGGCAGACAGCGAUUUAGAAUCUGACAGCAAGGAGGACAGCGUAUCGAAUAUUCCUGUGGGAAAGUCGGAGAAGCAUUUAGCCAACGAAGAGAUUGUAGCCAAGUUUCUGCAGACGGUCAGCCCCAAUACAUCGGCCGCUUCCGACACGCAUCAGCUGCAGUUCCUCAACAGCAGCAGCUCAGUUUGCGAGGAAGAUGAGCCAGUUCCAGUGGGUUCUAAAGCCGUUGACAGAACAGAUGAGAAUGCAGAUAUGGAAAUCAAGUUUGGGGACUUCCAAGAUGAUGCACGUCACGAUACAGGUUUCAUAUGCAGCUCCACAUGGUCGAGUUCGACUAUUAGCAAGGCAGCGGAAGAUGACUCCUCGCAGAGCAGCAGGAGUGCGGAUAAUGUGGAUUGUGCUCCUAAAGUUCACGUACCAAUUUCUUUAGAAAAGAGCGCAGGAAGCAAAGAGACCUCUCCAAUACAUCAGUCAUCCGGAAAGGGACCGGGUUCACCUAAAGCCAGUCAGCAAAAAGUACCCAAAUCGAAGAGUCCCAGUCCCAGCCCAAGCCCAAGUCCCAGUCUUCAGGUCCCCAAAAACUAUCGCUAUAGCAUCGAAACAUUACGUGAGCUUUCCAAGCGAAGCGACUCGCUUAAGCCCCCGCUUGUGCCGUGCCAGAAGGGCGAUUGCAUCUCUCAGCUGUUCGUUUCCCGCCAACAGCAACCGCAGCAACAUCAUGGCCAUGGGCACGGCCAGCACAUCCAGCAGUAUCAACAUAUGAGCUUUAACGAAUCUAUGGAUUAUGUUCCCGGAAAGCGUGGGCGUGGCCACGGACCCAACAAGAAGCAUCACGAUGGGCAUCAGCAGAUGGGCGGUUCCGGUGGCAUGGGCAACGUGGGAGGUGGCGGUGGAAUCAACUCGAAUCAGCGUCACAUGGACAUCAUCCGGGUGCAGUUAUCGCUUAAAGAGGAGAUCAAGCUAUCUGAAUGCGAAAAUGCUUGGCAGCCAGGUACGUUACGGCGCACAUCCAUGGCCGGUGGCCAGGAUGAGGACGACGUCGAGGGAGUGCUGAAAAAGGUGCGUGGUAUUCUCAACAAACUUACGCCCGAUAACUUUGAGGUGCUGCUCAAGGAGAUGUCCAGCAUCAAGAUGGACAAUGAAGCGAAAAUGACAAACGUUAUGUUGCUAAUCUUUGAAAAGACCAUUAGUGAGCCGAACUUUGCGCCCACAUAUGCCCGCUUCUGCAAGGUGCUUUUCCACGAAAUUAAGGCCGAAAACAAGUCACUUUUUACCAGCUCGCUGAUCACGCGAAUUCAGCACGAAUUCGAAUCAAAUGUAAACGAUGCGAAUGCGAAGGCGAAGAAACUGCAGCCUACGAUGGAACGAAUGAACCAGUGCUCUGACCCGGCAAGAAAGGCCGAACUGCGCGCCGAAAUGGAGGACCUGGAGUAUCAGUUCCGACGACGUGCCUGGGGCACCGUUCGUUUCAUUGGUGAGCUGUUUAAACUACAGUCGCUGACCAGCGAUCGAGUACUCAACUGUGUGGAGUCACUGCUCGAGCAUGGAUGCGAGGAAAAGCUAGAGUAUAUGUGCAAAUUGCUAACAACAGUGGGCCAUUUACUGGAGGCUUGCCAACCUGAGCAGUAUCAGCUAAGAGAUCGAAAUGAAAAGAUAUUCCGCCGCAUUCAGGACAUCAUAAACCGAUGUCGGGGAACGUCGCACCGCGGGCAAAUACAAAUCAAGAUCAGCAGUCGCGUACGCUUUAUGAUGCAGGACGUGUUGGACUUGAGAUUGCGAAACUGGGAUCAGCCGUCCACCCAUCAGUCAUCAGGACAGCAAGGUGGAAGAGGUCAGCGACACAAGCAACACGACGACUCCAAAGAUCAGUCACAUCACAGCAGUGGCGGAGGACGUAGCGGCGGUGGAAUGAAUCAGCACCAGCAAUCAAUGCAUCACCAGCAACAAAAGCAUCACCAACACGGUCACGAUGGCGGAAACUACUUCAUGCAGAAGAUGCCCAAUAAGCAGCACCACGAGAACCAGACACUUAGCAUUGAUCCCAGCAAGCUGCGCUUCAGCAGCAGCAGCACUAGCGACGAUUCACUUGCGAAACUAGGCAAUUCUUCGCACUAUCAGUGGCGCAAUUCCGACAACCGUCCGGUCAACACAUCGACAGUAAACACAACCAAUGUGGCCCCGCCUACAUCUUUGUUGAAACGUCCGGGCCAAAAUUAUAGAUUUUCACCGUAUCAGCAGCCUUCACCACCUUUGGCCUCAUCCGUACCGACUGCGGGUACUAACAGGAGCCAUACGGAACAUUCAGCAGAUGCCGGAUUCGAUGGUAAGCAGUGCCAAGAACUCAUUGAAUUAAUGGUCGAGGAGGCUUUAAAUACGCGCGACUGGCAAUCGGAGGUGCUGACCAUUUGGCGUUCGCACAGCGGUCCACAGCAAUCGAAGGCUCUGCACUACCUUCUAAUGGACUAUCUUCAUAAGACGACGGUUAAGCGCCAGCAUCGUCAGGCCAGUGGAAACGUCUUUGCUUACCUUAUGGAAAAAGAAGCGGUUGACAAGGAGAUCUUUGGACAGGCCUACUCUCGGUUCAGCGACGACUUCCCUGAUUUGCUGGUGGACGUGCCAAAUGGCUGGGGUUAUGUGUUCGAGUUCCUGGGUCCCAUCAUACACUCUGGAAAGCUAGAUCUAAAGGAUGUGUGGCAGAGGCGUUGGUUGGAUGACUUGAUCUUCACGGAACGCUUCGUGUAUGCUUUCGUCAGCUAUUUCGUGCAGGAGUUUGGAGCCGCAUAUGCUCGCAAGCUGUGGCACAACGACUAUAAGCUGGAUCGAGGUCAAUUGUUCUGGAAUGAUGUGCGCAAGUAUAAGGAGUUUGUGCAGUCGCAUAGUUUUUAUUUUCUGGACAACGGACCCGGUCAGGGUCAGGGAAACGCUAAAGCGAAGACGCCGACCACCCCGCGGUCGCCAGUGGAGCAUGUAGAACGGAUUAGAUACCUGUUGGCACUGUCUUGCGACAUGGCCAUCGACUACAUUAACACCAACGUUGCCAUCAAUGACAACUUUGUGAGGCAGCUCACUAGAUUCCUGUGCUGUGAUUUCGCGCUGACUGUGAUGACAAAUACCCAUAACAACAAAAGCGGCGGUAACAGAAGGCCGCAGCAGCUGAACACGGAAAGCUUCCGCAGCCGGUGCACACCACUGCUCAGACUCUGCAUCGACGCCCAGGAGGCGCUGGAGAUCGCUUGCAUAGACGAGGCCGUGGAUUCUCUACAGCAGCACUUUAUGACCGAGUUUGAGGACGAGAUGGCCGCUGGCGAGACCAUCUGCAGCACAUUCAGUGUGUUGUACGAGAGCGAGGUGAUCCCCAAGGAGUCAUUCGACAAGUGGUAUAAGCUAGAGAUUGCCCAUUCGUCGGCCUACCGACGCCCAUUCAUCGACAAGCUGCGUGGAUUCAUCGAGGAGAUGUAGACGAAGUAAAACCAACCGAUUGCAACCAAACAAAAAACCACAACGAAGAAAACUAUGAAUCACUAACUGAAACAAACAACAGCAUACUAGGCGCUGUCGAAAGUGUCGAGUCAAGAACAUAAAUCGAACGAUCAGUCAAGAAAAAAAAAAUUGCUUG